ACUUAUAUAGGGACCUACAUAGGAGGGUUAUAGAAAAACAUGGCGGCUUCCAACUGGGACACACGGCCGAGAGAAAGAGGGAGUUUAGACUAAAACUCCGCGAUCGUCCAACAAAAUAACAACGAUGGAUGUAAUCUCGAUAUUAUAAAUGACCGACAUGGCGGAAAACGAUGGCAAUGAGAUGGAAACCAUUGAAGUCAAGAAGGAAGAUGCUGGCCAGGUGUUCCUGCUUAUGGGAAAGGAGUACCGUAUUUCUCGCAGCAUCAGGGCGCAGUGGUUCUUCCAGCAAUUUAACUCAAUUCUUGGCCAUGCAAAGCCAAAAGAAGACAUGUUGGCCUCAAAUGAAGAGCUUGAGCUGUUAUCUGUGCUGUCAAGGGAGAAUCAUGAUGAUUCUAACCACAAAAUAUACAAACUGGUUCCCUCUACCCAUAUAACGUUCAUUGGCAGAAGAUACAAAUUUGUCUUUUGUCUUGAUAUAAGUCCAUCUUUGGCAACUGUGGACACAAAGUCUGAAACUGUCAUUACAGAUGAAGUAUAUGAGAAAUUCAGAAUUUGCCUUUCAGCUUUGGUGAUGCCAUUUUCAGUUCCAGGGAACAGUAUAGUUCUAUGUCCAGAAUUGCACAUAACUGUGUUGGCCUACACAUCAAUACUCAGCCCAGAAGCACCGCAGAUUAUCCUCCAGGGCUGUUUAGUAACAGAAGAUAACCUUGAGACAGUUCUACACACAGUUGAAGACCAGCUUCACAUGCUGGAAGACAUUCUUGCUGGCACUGUCACCUCUUCCCUCCAGCUAGACAGCAAACACCCAAGUGAGGGAGAUGGCUUGUCAAGUGAUACUGUGACACUGCUGUCGCCAGAGGCGGGGCCUAUUGCAAUGCUCAGGGCCGCCUUACUAGCAUUGCAGUUACUCCCUGACAAUGCCAGUGCAGGUGCAGUGGUCAUUACAGAUGGAGUGUUUGCGCUUCCAGAUGCAUCUGCUGUGGAUUCCAUGUUAGCUCAGCUAAGGGCUAGCACUGUUUGUUGCUCAUUUCUCAAGGUUGGGAGUGGUUUUCAUGCAAACUGCAGCAGCCUUGGAUAUGUUCCUCACUGUGACCUCAUGCAGUUCAUUGCCAUGGCAACAUCAGGAGCAUAUUUGUCCAAGUGCCCUCCAGUAAAGAAACCCAAGGGUGAUGGCAAGCAGGCUGAGCCAGUGAUGAACUUGUACCACAAAUCACUGUUGUGCUGGAGCUUCCAGAAGGACUACGAGCUGAGCAAGAUUGAUUCAUGGAUUGGUAGCUCUGUUGAACUUAAUCAGGAAGAUCUCGCAUUUCCAGUGUUUGGUAACAGAUCCAAACUAACAUAUUCUUUGAGUGAGUGGGAAAAGAAUGCCAUGCAACCUUCAAUGCACAAGAAACAGAUAGAGACUACACUACACACCUGCAUAACAAGUGUACUCAGUGUUCGCCUGAGGGAGGGGUAUUCUCUUCAAGAUGUGUCCUUUACGAAAGGUGGUAAGCAAAUUGAAGUACGGCUUACUCUUCCCUGGAAGCAACAAGUUCAAAUGGAAUACGUCGCCAUAGCAGCAUGGCCUAUUAGCAGCACCAAUCGUGUCACUAGAGUAGAGGUCACCGUGUCUGCCCCCUACGAGUUUCUUCUAGAUGUCACAUAUCACAACAAGGAACAGUUCAACAGCGGUUACAGAGCACUUGUUGUCAAGAAAUUCCGUCAAACGAUGAAAGGAUUGCAGAGUAACGACGAGUUGCUUGUACAUCUUCAGUCCUUUUCAUCAAAUCCAAGUUACUUUACAAUCCCUGAUAGUGCCAAAAAUGGAGUACCUCUCUUUUACCUCCCGCCGAACUCGCACAACCCUGUGUUGUCAUUGCAGCAUGCCAAAAAAACUUCAAAGUCCCAGGAGUCGCAGUUUGCCGUGUUCUGGAAGCCAGUGCUUACCCUUGACACCGCUGUCUGGCAAAAGUGGAUGCACUGUCAUCGCAUUGGACUCAUCUUACAGCACGAUGUCCCACUUCCCAAGAAUCUCCAUCUUCCUGUUGGCAAUGAGCGCUUUCAUUCAAUCCAGUGUCGCAUGGCUCUCAGCUCGCUCAACUCGCUCUUUCGUGAUUUUAGUUCGUUUGUCCUGCUCGAGAACCACUCAUACAUCAAGUUUAUUUGGUCUAGCCAGGAGGAGCCACCUCCGACCUUCUGCUUGAUCAGGGUGACAUCCCGGGCGCCGUGCAUUGUGGUACGACUAGCCUUCCUGGGUGGAACACCUGGGCAUCACAGGCACUCGAUGGUAAAGGAUAUAUUAUCCAAGCUACGACAGGUAACCGCGCCUCUGGGUCUUCCUCCAAGCAGCAAAGUCGCCAAGAGCAAGAAACGUGGUCAGCGGCUAGCCGAGGAAAAAAUAUGCGUCAAGGUGCUGAAAAAGCCGUUAGAACGGAUUCUUGUCAGGUACGAGCGUGUACCAGAAGAUCUUUUCGCUCCUUACCCUGAGGUGCCUCUCUUCUCCGUGUACAGCAGCUUUACUGGCGUCCAGUACGCGAAUCGCACCAAUGAAAACCACAUGAAGGUGCUGUGCCAGUACCUGUAUCACCACCGGUGGAUCUGGUCAGUCCAGACAGAGGGGCCCACCUCGACCAUCGCCCAGCUAGUCGCUAGGGUGCUUGGUACACUUACUAAGUUGCGCCUUGAAGAGAAUUUCAACUUUGCGUGUAGCAACGCCGGGAUUAUAACAAUGGCCAAGGAAAUCGAGCUUAAGGACCCCACGUGCGGAGGCACAACUUACCCGUGCCUUAUCCAAUACGUCAUGUUCCCGCCCUACACCAGACCUGCUGGCUCUGCGGUGGAGGAAUGGGUCGACGAAGGCAAGCCUCACUCCCCUGAGUCCGAGCGCAAGCUACAAAUGGUAACAGAGGUCUGGAUCGAGCCUCAGUUUGGUGUUAUACACGAGCCUUCUUCGGAUACCUUAGAUGGUCUGCGGUAUUUCGAAGUUCCGCAAGCUAUAUUUGAAAACGACUAUUAUUACGUGUCCGCCUUGUUGACUUUUGACUGUGUCUGGCGAAUGUGCGAUGACCAACUAAUUACCAGUCCUCCUGAGCUUCCAGCAGCCAUCGUCCCCAGGCCUCCUCCAUCUCCGGCGCGUAACUGGAGCGUGGAGAGCGUCCCGCUGCCUUUAGACGUUAUCCAGUUAUUACCCAAGGCCCGACAGACUGAGAUGGUGUUCUCUUCUCUCUCGGAGUGUGCAACACAAGUGCCAGAGCGCUGUAGCCCUGGCGAGCUUCCUAACGAGACGCUGUUCCGUCUACUGAUUGAAGAGAUGCAGCAGCUCAAUGACCGAGAAAUUCAACUAUCCGAGCAAGGCUGCAGGGGACUGGUAAAACACGUGAUCGGCCGGGACCGCAAUGGGAUCCCUGUGCCAUUUCUUCCGCUAUACGACAGUAAGGAGGUACCUGUGACCAAGUGGCGGUGUUUCGCGCGCUCCUUGUCUGGACUUGGCUCCUCUCGUCUUAUCCUCACAUUCAUCCCAGCAAGCCUUGCGCACGUGCAAGAGUUUGGUAAGCGUUAUCGCCCAAGUGUGUCGUCAACCUCCAGUGACAAGAGCUUGAACUCCACGCUCGAAAGCACGCCGAGCAAGCACUCCGUGGUACUGGAAGGGGUACAAGAGGCGCUGGCCAAGCGCGCACUUACCCCAAUACUCGAGGAUGCUGAAGGUAGAAGCUCUUCCCCGACUCCUGUGAGUGAUACAAUCGAGGAUCCUUUCAAUUUCCAGAAGAACGCUCGCUCAACAAGCACUCCAGUACCCGAGAAUACUAAACUCACAACUAGACAAGAGAAAAUGGCACGGCAGCCAAUGGUGUGUGUCAAGCCAUCCCUUGGGGGGGAGGGUAAGGGUUUGUCACUUGAACUCGGCGAGAAGACUGUGAGCUUCAAGGACGAGGACAACGCUCCCACCCCUACACAGGAGAACGUGUCACCACGCGGGGAGCCAUGCUGUGUCAGUGGAAGUGACGGCUCGUUCUGUUAUAAUAUUCCAAUUUACUGCUACGACUGCCUGCUCAACGGGCUCUUAGUAGUCGACGAAAAGACAGACUCAAGCCAAGGGACCGAGGAAACGCGGAAAAAAGAGGACAUCUUCCAGGAUUUUACUCAGACUUCUGCAGUGUUUGUUGACCCGUUCAGUUUAGAGGAGUUGCCGCGUAUGGUGGAAGGGAGGACGUUCGGUAGGUUCGGCUCGUCCAAAGACCUUCUGCUUCAUUGUAACGCCGUCCAUGAUAUUUUCUUCCGGUGUUUCGUGUCAAGUAUCUUCACAAGUCUACAGGGUGGCCACCAGGUGAAUCCACGAGACGUACAGUCAGCGGUCGACACGUGCGAAGAGAAUUUCGUGGAACUAGACAUUACAGACUUCAUUCGCACUCUGUGCUCCCACUAUUCCAAAAACUCGGCGUUGCGUAAGUCUCAGGGGUUAAGCGAGUCCGCGUUCUUACUGUGUCAGCAGUCUCAGCUUGAGAUUUUCCCUCGUCGUAAGGUCGAGGAGUAUGACUGCGUCAAGCAACUGAUGGCGUCUCUGCAAGGCGAAUGCGAGUCGAUUCCAGGCCUCCAUCGUUCAAUCAGGGAUACUUUUGGGAGAAUAUUGGGCACGUACUUUAAGCCUGUGCCCAACAGCAGCGAUCUGUAUUUCUAUAGCCCUCAUUGUGCGGACUCGACGAGAAAGUCAACGUCAGGAAGCUUUGAAGUGGAGUCUGCAGUCGAGGGAGAUUCAGAGCCACCCCCAGAGGCGGAGUCCCAGGAUCAGGACGGCGAUCAAAACUUUGACGGGUUCGUGGAGGACCUGAUCUUGAUACAGGACGAGGUGGAGGAGUAUGACGAUUCGGACGACUCAGACUUUGACGGCUCAGACGAUGAGAGCGAGGAAGCAGAAGACGACCAGCAAAGUCUGACCAAGCCUCUGUUCUUACAGUUGACCUGCUCACUGCGAGACAAGAGCAGUCGAGGCGGUGGCUCCAUCACCCCUGUGUCAGUCAAGACUCUUCCCGUCUGUAUAGGCGAGCUGGUGCGUAAGAUCGAGGUAGCGGAGGAGUACCUUGAUCCGUUCAGCCCAUCCCUUCACAUCACCCUGGAUCUGAAUUGCCUGACUCUUUCACCUGAUCCCGACUACUCGUCGAUCAAGUCGGCUGCUCCUCGGGGCUACCCUUUCAGGUCGAACUCCUUCAGCAGUGCGGGGUCGCCAUUGUCACUUUCCCCGCAAGAGAGGUCAUUUGAAUUCAAAAGGCAGGACUCCAAAACGACGUCACACGAUAUCGAUGGAAUUAACGGUCGCGAUCCGUUGCGAAUCCUCCCAAGCCAGCAGCGAUUGGCUAUGAACGUCACAUGUGACAGCAUCACGUGGUUAUUGCAGGACGAGAUCGUAUCAGAACUACGACACAGGCGACCCGUCACACAAGACACGCUCAUCAAGGUUGAACGACACGUUCAGAAGUCCGAAGGCCACACGUUUUGUAACUACCGAGACGUCCCCCUGCAGUUCGUGUUUGGUGCCGAGCAGAGUAUGGAACUGUUCCGCAAGGAGUUCGAGGAGAUCAGUGUACUCGAGUACCGUUUGGACAAAGUCGAGGAUUAUUACUAUCUCCACUACGAUGGGGAGGAUAGAGAUGAAGGGGUGGAGGGGGAGGACAAAAGGCAGAAAGUGGUGGAACACAGACCAAUGGCUUCGAAUGUGUCAUUAAAUAAGGACGAAGAGUCAGAUGAACUAUUAGCGUUGAUGGAGGGCACGCUUUCCCGGCAGUCCUCCGUGAAAGAGGAGGAGGAAGAAGGAGAGCAGCCGGUUGACAACAUUCCGGAAGGUGUGGGAGCGUAUGGGGCAGCUUCUAGCAUUAAUACGAAUUUACACACCCCAAUUCAAGGGACGACUGGUGAAGAGAAAGAACAGGCAGAAAGGGAUGCUGACUCUACUGGUGGGACGUCAUUUUUGGCCGAAGUAGACUCAUUUGUAAGCUGUGAACAUUGUGAGAGUACUGAUCUCAUAGAAAAGGACACCGCCGAUGCAAACUCCCUGCUGUCGAUCGUUACCAGUGCAGCCAUGCCUGCAACCUUCCCUUCAGGGCUUGAAGGGUUCAGUACACCUGUUGCUGGGUACUCUACCCCACUAUGUGACCCACCAAGUGAGCAGCAGCUGACCCCGGUUCAGGCCCCCGCUGAUGAGGCUGAGAAUUUCAAGCAUAAGGACGAGCCCUCCAGCCCGGGCAUCACGAUCGAGACUUCGCCCAAAGGCGAGGAACCCAGUCACGAGGACGUGUUCAGCACCUCAGACAAUGAGACGUCUUCCGACUCGAUUCCACGUAGCCCCAGGAGGGGAAUGCUGGAGUUCUGGCUUGUCAUGAGGAUUUAUGAUAACCAAGUUGAUAUUUAUUUUCAUCGACGCAAUUCUGAGGACUGGCAUUUCUUCACACCGACUAUGGCUAAGGGACUGAUAGAAACGGUCACUAACGAAAUUCAUGAAAAGAGUCGAAUUGUUAACCAGCGCAUGCUGUUGCAAGACCUGUACGAGACCAAAAUGUGCAAUUCACUGCUCUUCCCGGAGGCAGACGAAGACAUCUGGAAACACGAAGAUCUGCGCAUGUCCGUCUCUCCUGUUGGCGUGUACAUCAGCAAGGGAAACGGUAGUGGCGGAUGCUUGAAUCGUUACGUGUCCGGAGAGUAUAUCUUCAAGCCUGGCCACUUCCAGUGCAACAGCCUUUGGAGCUCGCACCUGACCUUCCACCAACGCCUGCGCGAUCCCUCGGGACGAACUGGAAGUUCCCGCGGGCGCAAGGUGAUCAUGAGCGUUCUUGAGAGGCUGGCGGUCAGCAACAGACGUAACAUGUUCGUGUACAGGGAGAACAGUGGACGUGUCUUUUACCUUAGACUUCUGGAGUCUCUAUGUGUCAGCGACUCGCUCGAGUUCUCUGGAGAGUUGCGCAUGCCCGACCAGGACGAAGACUGCUCGGCCCUGUCACGUGACGAUGCUGCCUCUGUCAUCUCUCAACUCGGCUCGUGCAGUUCUUCCCAGCUCUCGCUGCAGAAAGUCGGCACUGACCCUGAGGACGAGUCCCUGCCCGAGCCACGAUCGCGCCGAUAUCCACUAAGUCACGUGACUCGCGACACGGUCGAGCAGAGCCUGGCGUUACAUGUGUACGGCGUAGAAGAGCCUGGGACCGAGAUCACGGUGGAUUUGCUGGAGGUUCUGCAUAACCGCCUGGACGAUGCCACCCUGGAGGUCAUAUCAUUCAUGCUCGCACGGAACCCUGGGAGCAAGCUUACCUAUGCUGAUGUCAGGUUUAUCCAGCCUCUAGGCACUUCCCCCACUGUCACGCUGCGCUUCGUGAUCCCUCCCGUGGACGAGGGCUACCUGUACCCGCUCUCGUACUAUCUCAAGCAGAACCUGCUCCAGAUGCUUCAUUUGCCGAGGUACGCCGACGCCAAUCCGAGUCACCACUUUAAGGAUCCUAGCGCUACCGAACACGGCACGGACAUUUUCGUGUACAACCGGCCGCAUUCGUCCGGUGGUAGAGGGCUAGCGUGUAUUGCUAUGUCAAUGCUGGACGCACAUGGUCAGCGGCUUCGCCUUACUACAUCACGUGUGCCCUCAAUCAAUGUAGAAAAUCUGGACAGGAACUUCUACGAAGGAAUGACCGGAGUGUACGCACUGUCGGAUAAGCUGCCUGCUGAUGGUGUCGUCAUCGUGCAGUUCUCCAUCUGGGAGCGUGGCGAUAUUGGCUUGGAGCAGCUGUCUGGUCAGCUGAAGAACAUAACAGAGCAUGCGCUGUGCGAUCUACUGAUUGAGUACUUGCUACUUCCCGCACCACUUUCGGUCAUUCCAGAAAAGUACCAGUUAUCGUCCAUCUAUCGCCUCCGCUCUCUGUCCGAGCCCCCUACGCCAACUGGUGUGUCCCCUACCUCCGGGAAGAUCUCCGAUCAUGGUUCAAUCUCUUCUGGCCCGAGUACUGGGGACUCUCUAACCAGAGGGUCAUUCUUCAGUCUUAAAAUGUCAACCGAGAAAGACAAAACUGCAACUUCAUCCAAGACAUCAGAGGGAAAGGGAAAGCUGCUAGGACACAGAAGAAGUAAAAGCACAGACAUAACAAGGGUAGCAAACCGAGAACAUAAACGAAGCGCAUCCUCCACCAGCCAAGAGCUUAAACUCAAGACUACAGAGGAACACGUUUCUACUGUCAUAGGUAAGGGCCUUGGACACAGGAGAAGCAAAAGCACGGACUACCAGCUGGAGGUAAACCGGGAACAUAAACGUAGCCUCUUAUUGCGCAGCCAAGAUAUGAAACCCAAGAGCGAUCCUCCUACCCCUGCCGGGGCGUUUCUCUCCCUGACAUUAGCCUCAAUUACCAAGAGAUCAGGAUCAAGCAUGCCAAACUUAACUCAGAGCUCCCUGAUAGAGAUUAAGUACACGGGGAGCGAAAUGGGGACAUCUUCGGUAGCAUGUUCUUUGGAGGUCGCCAAGGAGGAGAAAGAGGAAAGUCUUACAAUAAGCGGAACUUCUUCUGCCAAGACCCACGAUCAAGAGAACCUCGAGUUCCCUCAACCUGUUUCCGCAGACCUCCAGAGCAUCGAGAACUACUACUCUAUCUGCGAGGACACGAAGGCGGGGUUAAAAAUAGAAGGAGCGACAGACAUUGACGUGGGGCUGAAUGAAUAUGAGACAAUUACAAAGCAGGAGAUCCUUGAGUCUCAGGAAUUUGCCCCAGCCCCGGCGACUCCCCGAAGCGCCACAACAAACCCUGAGGAUUCCUCCCCUGGAAACCGUAAAGCAGCGAACAGAGAAACGCCCCCACCAGGGACCAGUACGCCUAAGAACAUUGAAGCAGCGUCUUCUCUGCAGCACGAGAAAGUAGUGGAGACCCUGGAGAUUCGAAGAAUGGCGGUGGAGGAGAAGAGGAAAAAGAGGAUGAAGUACGAGAAUGGCGAGACAGGGCUACUACACCCAAACUUCCAUGAGCCUGGUCGGGAAUUGUUUGCCUUCGCCCACAGCCUUGGCGUUCCGUCGGUACAUCUUAUAGAAUGCCGACUGCUUAACCGAUAUGCCAUCAAUGUCGUACUCGGCGAAGUGUCCUCUCUCAUUGCUAACAUGUGUAGUGAAAUGAAGCCAAGAGUGUACCGACAAAUUCCUAGCUCCGAUCACCAAGACCAGGGACAUACAACGUGCCGGACGUGCCCUCACUACUCCACCGGCAGAAGACCAUUGAAGGCUCAAAAGGACUCCUCCACCGCUGACCGAUCCGGACAGUCGUUCGUGUCUACCCCUGGCUCGCCUUGUUACUAUGUACUGGUUGCCAGGGACAACAGCCACUGGAGAGCGAGCCUGGGGCUAGAAGACGGUGGCACAGAUUCGGACGCAUCGAGUCAACUCCUUCACCAGCGAGCCACAUCAAGUCAGCAGCGGUUCCAGCCCCUCGAGUCAGGCACGGGUCCCAUGCUUAGUUCAGGAGGUGAUGGUGGUGGUGAAGGUGGCGGUAAACACGGCGCGCGCUCGCGGCAGGAUUGUGCGUCUAUUACUAGCGUCACGUCAUGUACUGUUCCUAGACAGAAACUGAUCCUGCUCACGGUCAUUGACAAGGAGAUUGUUUUGUACACGUACAACCUCGCCGCUGACUUCACACAGUCACUAGAGACUCAAAUCCAGCGGUUGGUCCAAUGGAACAAUGCGCGCUGCCACUUGACGUCAUGUCUCCUGACGCAGAAGAUGGGUCUGUUUCACCACUCGCUAUUCAGUGACAUCCAGGACAAGAAAGGAAAGAACAGUAACCCGUAUGUGGUGUCUGCUGAUGACACUGACGUCAUAAUGCUCAUCAGUCGCACUGCGCCAUCAUCACAUGAUCGUGACCGACUUGCGUCACGCUCACUAUGCCCCGCCAACCUGCUCGUGUUUGACCGCGUGCUGCGUGACGUCACACCACCUAAGACUCUACAACAGACACUGUACUCUAGCCACAGGGAUCCCGUGAAACGACAUGGCGGGCAGUUCCAGGAAAUCCGCUCAGCCCAAAUAAAAACGGCGACAUUGGAAUCUACGCUGGAUGAGCUUUAUGUCACGUGGCAACAGAGGCCUCCACAUCAACCAAUAGGAGUUGACAAACUCGAGUUGCUGCAGCGCUCGUGCCGCCUCAUACACUACUGCGCAUGCCCCCUUUUGUUCCAUCCUGAUUGGCGGAGAAAGCUAUGCACGACCAAUCAAAAGAGAUCUGGCAUCGACGGCUCUACACCACAGGGCUCCCAGAGCGGUGCUUCUGACACUCCACAAGGUUCACAGGGAAGCACCAAUACUCCACAGGGAUCCCAAAGUGGCCUUGCCUACGUAGCGCAGGGUACCCAUGAAGAGGAGCCUUGGCACAAGGAGCUGAGGUCGGCGUAUAUUCAGCAGUAUAUUCAAUACAUGCAGUCGCUACAGUUUGUCGUGGUGCAGACGCGGCCCCAGUCACCCAAGGCUUCCAAAGCGUCUCGACGCACACUCCCUCGCCGAGGCGGAUCCCGCCCACGGGCGGCCCAGUCAUCGUCUGACGCCAAGAAGCAGUCUGUGAGCCGUGCUGGGUCCGACGGCAAGCGCGUGUUCCAUCAGUACUUGCAGAAGACCUCCCAGGGCGGCAUCAUGCUUCUCGAGCUGCUCUUCCAGGGGUGCCAUUUCUAUGUUCAUUUGUACAGUCUCGAGUGUUCACGUAUCAGAUCUGGAAAACCUGUUGGACCUCAGAUGAGCCAACUAUUUCUUGAAGACUGCACCCAUUACAAGAACUACAUCCACCUGCUUUCUUUCAACUACGACUUCCACCUCCGCCAAGCACAGUCGUACCUUAGUGGUAGGCAACUGAUAUUUCACCCUGGUUACCACGUCACCGACCUCUUGGCGGAGGUGCUACGACAGCAUUCAGACUACCCAGGAUACGCUAGGAACCACAUUUGCAGAGGUGAGGUGGCCGUACCAUGUGAACCGCUCAUCUCCUCUCUGAGUGUGUACAAGUACAUCGUGGCCAACUCUCCUCGCUACGACUUCAGCACAAUCAAGACCAGCAUGGGCCCCGGGCGGCAGGGCUGUGACUACAUCCUGCUGGGUUCUGACCGGGUGUUAAUCCCUCCGCGACACACAUCAUCACCUUACAGCAGUGCGUUGCGUGACGAGUAUGACAUCACCCUCGUCGUUUACCUGAAGAACGCGUUCGAGGGCAGCGUAAUUAAUAUGGAGUACUACAUCCUGAUGACCAGCAGGCGAGAGCUCUUCCCCAAGCUUUCGCUGGAGCCGAGAACUCACCGAAUGUCUUUACCAGGCUUCGGGGAGAGGUCGGACAUCCGAGAGCGCCACGAGCCUAAGAGCACCCCUACGAGCCCAAGUAAAGUACCCAGGGUGCACUUCGCUCUGUCAACCUCCCACUCAAGCAGCAACCUGGCGGAGCAGGACACGAAUGAGAAAAGUCACGUCAUCGCCGAGACUCAGCCCUUCCACCGGUCCGCCUCCACCCCCCACUCCCUCUACCAACUAGCUGCUAACCCCUCCCGCCUACCAGGAGGGGCCCUCUACCAUUCAGAGGAGGACAUCGCAGUGAAGAAAAAGAGCAUGUCUCUGAGCCCGCGUUCACAGUCAGCGAGCUUACUAAGCACGCUAGACGGACGGACUAAUCACGAGCUAGCUUUGCUGACGGACGCGUCCAAUCGUGCUCAUGAUCACUUGCUCCACGUGGUGUGCCGUGCCCAGUCCCACAGCAAACGUGACGUGCUGUGGUACAGGCUGCUGUCGGCUGGCACGGGUGAGGGUGGGGACGGAAAGAAGAGGAGAAAAUCCGAGUUCCGCCGACCUGGAGCGGACCUUGCAGCGAGCUGGAACUCAGGCAUUUACGUGGAGGAGAUGUACAACACGCAGGCAUCAACUGUGAUGACUAAUCGACUGACGUUUGAGGACUUCCGUCACCUUCUCUCCGUGGUGGAGUGCAGAUCGUUGCGUGACACGGAUCACGAGCUCAUCCCCCUGUUGUCCAUGAGUGUCACGUGGUACCUCAGCCUCUUCAAAGUUCUGAUGACAAAGUUCUUAGACUUUCACCGCCUAAUCACGAGUGACGACAUGCAGUACCUGGCGCUAAUCAACCCUCGAGAUCUAGACAUGCUCGUGCUCAUCAGUGUGGACGAACAGACCCAAAAGACUGUGAGUUUACUACAAACCCAAAAGACUGAUGUUCAAGUCGUGUUUCGUGAGGACAGCAAGCCGAACGAAUCCUCCUCCCUCUACUCGAAGGACUCGGUCAAGUCUCACAUCUACAGUGUACUCAACGCCAUGUGCUUCCAUAUGUGGAGCGGGCUGCUGCCGAGCUAAGCGUCUGAUUGGCUAGAGGCUGGUGAUUGGUAGUCCUUCUAGAUAGUCUAUUAACAGGUAACCAAAAAACACUUAUGAGUAAUAGCGAGCUUAUUCUAAAAAUAAUCUACACGUUUAUCUCGCUCAUACACUUUCAGAUAUUUUUCUUAUUGCCGACAGAGGGAACAUUUUCACCGACAUUCUGACCUUGGAGAUCUGAAUUAUAACCAAAGUGUACGAUAUUUUUUAAUAAAGAAGUCGUGACUUCUGAAUUUGUAACACGCUAUAAUUUUGAAUUGUAAAUACAAAGCAAUUGUCGAAACAUAAGAAAUAAAAGCAUCUGAGUAUUUGUCGAUUACGCAA